AUGGCGGCGGCGGCUUCGGAUUCCGAGGGUGUCGAGAUAGAGGACGGAACCCCUCGGGUCACCCCAGCUGUCGGCGGCGCUGCUACUGCCGGCCGCCCCACUCGCAGCGCCGCCUCGCGUGGCAGUAGCAAACUCCGCGGCAAUAGCAGCGCACUGGCCAGCUUUUUCAGCUCUGAAGAUGAGGAAUCGGAAUCCGCUACUGACGGCGACGACGACGAUGAGGAAGACGGCGACACGGAGUAUACACAGACCCGCGGGUCAGAUGACGACGAUGACGACGAUUCAGAGUACGACAGCGACCUAAAUGGCGGCGCCGGCGCCGGAAGGGGCUCAACUCGGGGCCGAGGCAGCCGGGGCGGAGCUGUCAUCAGCCGCCAUCGAAGUCGGAGCCCCCCUGGGGGCAUCAGCGAUGGCGGUUACACUUCGGGUUUUACGACGGGUGACGAAAGCGGGGAGGAUCUAUUUGACGGGGAUCUGGAUCCCAUGUCGCUAUUAGAGGAGCUGGAGCAGCAAGGCGCGGCGCCUGUAGGUACGGCAGGCGGCGGCGGUACGGGCGCCUACGGCGGCGGCACCUCUGCAAGCGCGCUACAGCCCUUCGAGCUCAUUAGGCAACGCCGCUGGGCACAACGGAAGCAUGGGGGCCUCCGCCGCGGCGGCGACUCUGAUGACGUUGAUGACGGCGAUGACGGUACGGCAGCGGCGAUGGAGAGAGAGGAGACGGGGCCUGAGGGCGACGAUGUGGAGAUGGAGGACGCGGGGCCCAGUCGUGGCGGCGGCCGAGGCCGAGGCCGAGGAGGUAGGGGCCGGGGCCGGGGCCGGGGCGGCAGGACGCCGUCAGCAGCCGCCAGCGGCGGCCGCGGCCGUGGCCGCCCUGCGCAAGAGCGCCGCAGGUCUUCCGCGGCCUCGGACGUGUUCGGCGCUGACGUGGAUGACAUUUUGGACGAUCCGUUAGCGGAACGGAUGGGAAUUAUUGAACCAGGGUCGCGACGACGUGGCCGCGGGCGGGGUCGUGGGCGAGGCCGGAGUCGGGCUCGCCGGAGGAGUCGGCCGAAGCGUGGGCUUCCAGAAGAGGUGGUGGCCAAAUUAGGGCAGGCCAACGUCAUGUACGCGCUCCAGGACUACCAGCCCGCUAUCGAGCUACUCACACAGGUAAUCAAGGAGUACCCGAACGUGUCCGACCCAUACCACACCCUAGGCCUGCUCCACGAAGCCAACGGCCAACCACGUAAGGCCCUGGAUUUCUUCAUGAUUGCGGCUCACCUGAGCCCCAAAGAUGUGGCGCUGUGGAAGCGACUCGCGUCAAUGUCUACGGAACUAGGGUUUUACAGGCAAGCGGUAUACUGCCUGUCUAAGGCCAUAAACCGAAAUCGUUCGGAUCUGGACGCGAUAUGGGAUCGGGCGGUGUUGUAUGCUCAGGUGAAAAAAAAUUUAAAUCCUCAACAAAUGGUCUUUGCCGCAAGCGGUCGGCGAAAUGGACAAGGCCUUGGCGCAAUUUUCCGAGGUAAUUGUUUAAAGCUCUUUAGAGCGAGCCCUUUAGAGUUACGUGGCAAAAAUGUUUACGGUAAACGCGCAGAGUGGAAUGCGGGUGUCAUUUGUAGAAAAAUGUCGUACUACAGUUUGGAAACUGUGCAUGCACGCACUUUUGUGGAGGUUCAUGAGUUAGCAGUCGGACGCCAACGGCCAGGUGAUCCGGAGGUUCCUGUCAUGAAAGCACGUCUAUAUCACCAGGCGGGAGCACCACUCAAGGCCAUUGCCGUACUGGAGGCGCAUCUUCGGGACUAUCCGAGCCAUGUGGACCUCACCCACAUCAACAUCCUUGCAGAACUCUACAUGGAGCGCGGCGGUUAUGUGGAGGCGCGAGCUCUCAUACAGCGGGCGGUGCCGGUCUUGUGUCCUGAUCAGGCGCUGCCGCUGGACUUGGCGGUUAAGAGCGGCUUGUGUUUGGCUCACACGGGUCAGUGGGAGGAGGCGGACGAGGUGCUCGGGGAACUGCUGCGGGAGCCAGUGGAGCAGUUCGGCGACCUGUACAUCAGCGUGGGCUCCGCUCUGGCAGGGCUGGGGCAAUACGACAAGGCCUUACACUACCUGAACCCGCUUCUGGAGCACCCCGACUUCAACGACCUGGGGCUGUGGACCCAGCUGCUCAAGUGCCACACAGCACUGGGGGAGGUGGGGGAGGGGCUGGAGCUGUACAGGGAACAGAUGCAGGCCAUGGAGCAGUCGGACCCGCGACGUCCUAGGGGAGGAUCUGGCAAUGAGGCUCAGCCAGCUGUACCUCCAAAUGAACCUUCUGGACAGGUUGGUUGCACGGAAGUGAGGUACGUGUCCCUGAUCCAGCCGGCCGUGGAGUCCUCGCUGAGUGCUCUGGCUGCUGACCUGGCGCGAGUGAACGACCCCAGCCUGGAGCCGUCUUUGAAGCGAGCCAUUCUCCGGAGGCGGAUGUUUGCCCGGAAGGGAAAGAGAAAGGGUGAGGGCGCUGCUGAGACUGGUUCCGUGUUCAAGGGGGCCACGCGAAGGGACCGCCGUUCUGCACGUACACGCGAGUACGACCGCAAGGCCGCGGAGGUGCUGGGCCUGCCGUACGAUGAUAUCGACGCUGACGAUGUCGGCGGCACUGGCGGCGGAUCGGGUUUGGACGGCUCCGGUACGGACGGCACAGACGGCGGCGGCGGCGCCACCGGCAGCGACAGCGACUUCAGCGGCGGCGAGGGCCGGCGGCGGCGCGGCCACGGCGGCGGCGGCGGCGCCCCGCGGUUCCCCCGGGGGGGGCUCGUCGGGCCGAGCGUCCUGAGCGACCCAGCACAGGCCCAAGUACUGCUGCAGGUGACUCGGGCGCUGACAGCGAUGGGGAGGUCGGAGGAUGCAAGGGCCCUUCUGGAUCGCGCCAUCGCUCUCGUCAUCUCAGGUGGCGGCGGCGCCGCUGCCGCCGCCGCCGCCGACGGUGGCGGCAGCGGCAGCAUCGGCAUCGGCAGUCUCAUGGUCAAACGCGCUGGCGGGCCCUGGUUCGAGCGAGCCGUCAUCGACCGCCUCAAACUUGGUCAGCUGGAGCUGGCGAGUACGGCGACGGAGGCGGGGGCCGACGCAGCCGCCGGCGGAGGAGGAGGAGGCAGCGGAGGUGGUUGGGGUCUUCUAGAUUCGAGUCAACUGGCGGCGCUGAAGAGUUUGACGAAUCGUUGGCCGUACAGCAUCGGCUUAUGGAACCUGUACUGCUCGGCCCAUGCGCAGGGCCACGUGUACCUGCUGGCCCGGCAAUUUCGCGAGGCGGCGUCGGAGUAUUUUCACGCGUACCGCUUCGUACCUGAAGAGCCGUUAUUACUGUUAUGUCUGGGAGUCACGUUGCUGUCGGAAGCUAUGGCCUCCGCUGCAGCGAUGGCGCCGGGCGCCGCCAGAGGAGGCGGCGGCGGCGGCGGCGGCGCUGCGUCCCAGCAGCUGCCGGCGCAUCGCCACGGCCGCAGCGGCGGCGGCGGCGGUGGCAGUGGCGCGCUGCGCGACCGCAACCGAGGCGUGCUCGCCGGGUUUGCAUUCCUGCAGAUGUACCAAAAGACCCGGGGCGGGCAGCUGAGUCAGGAGGUGUCGUACAACAUGGGACGAGCAGCCCACCAGCUAGGCCUUCUGCACCUGGCUCACCACUAUUACGAAUUGGCGUUGGCGGCGCCGCCAGCUGCCGCCAAAGCAGGGUGGCAGUCAACGCUUGGGGGGGGCGGCGCCGCCGCCGCCGCCGCGGCCGCAGGUUUCGGUUCCGGUGCCGCGGCCACAGCGACCCAUGGGUCCGGCGAGCGUUGGGAUCUCCGUCGAGAUGUGGCUCAUAAUCUUGUCCAGUUGUAUCUCAGCAGCGGUGCGACAGAGCUGGCGCGGGAGGUGAUGGCCAAGUACCUUGUGUUCUGA